AUGUCCACCUCGAGCGAUUUCGCUCGAUCACAAGCUACUGACUGGUCGCCACCAAUACCCGCGACGCCAGAACUAGACGCUAUCCAUGACAUCAAGCUUGAACAGAAACAACGCAUACGAACUACAUACAAUGAGCACAAACCCGGAAAGCAACGCCUAGUCGUUGACUUGCAUGACUUCGAAAUAUACCGUUCUCCAGAUUACGAAAAAAGAGCAUACGAGCUAGCUAGCUUACACUUUCUCGGGCUUCCACUAAACAAGAAACUAUGCUUCGAUGGAUUUGUACGCCUGGAAAAUGUCGAGCGCUAUGUACAAGGUGUACCAUUCCAGCAGUGCUCUAUUAAAGACUACACAGACAAACAAAAUCCAGAGGUCACGUCCUACAUCCAAUCUGAAAUGGCGGCGAAUGACAAGGAAUACGAUAUCUGGUAUCGGCUCACUCAACCCAUCCCACAAUAUCAGAGCCUCCAGGACGCCUUCCUCUGGAUAGCUCAGCUUGGAAAGCACGUCCUUCAUUACAUGGAAGGCGCCUCGCGCUCGCUAGCCUGCUUUCGUGAAGACUUUCACACCUUCCUGAAGGAUCGUUUUAGCGACAAUCGCGAUUUUGAGAAAUGGCAUGCGGCUUUUCGAAAUCAAGUGGACUUCCGAGUUGCUAUUGUGACAUACAUCGAGUACCUGUACAAGGAAGCCUCUAAUCGUCCAAAUUCUGAUCAGUUUGUUGGGCAGCCAUUAUGGGUUGAGUGUAUGGCGAGAGCUGUCACGCCUAAUAUACCGCGAAAGUCAGACUCUGAGCAGACAGUUGCUACGCCAGCUGUUUAUGCUUGUUUUAAAGACAUGUACUUCGGGAAGCAAAUUCGACUGCAAGCUCCAUCCACAAGCGUCCUUGACAAGCAAGAAUACAGGAAAAAAAAGCUGGGAUUUUCGACAACAUCGUCAGAGUCACUUUCCUAUGCCGAGUUGUCGAAAAGCUGUCAGCCAUAUGAAGCAUCACCGGUAAUGGUUGGAGAUGUUGUAGCCGUAGUCCCAGACGAGGCAGAUUCCAGAUUAUGGAAACACACCAAACGGGAUUGGCUGGCAUAUGUCCAGCGCACUCAAACUCUCGACAACGGUGUUCAACAACUGUUUGUAGUGUGGCUGUAUUGGCCUCAUGAUACAAACAUUGCCAAAGCCCACUAUCCUUUGGAAAACGAAGUCUUUCUGUCGGACCAUUGCAAUUGUACAGAGAGAGCGCUGUUAUCUACUGAUGUCAAGGGCAAAUACUAUAUUGACUGGUGCCCUUCCAUUAUCAAUGCGAAGGAUCUUUUCGUCAGGCAAAAGUACAUAAGAGAAGGGAGCUCAUUUGUGAGUAUGAAGAACAAUGACAAGAUUUGCUCUUGUCACAAGGAGACUACUUAUAAACCUGUCGCCACUACGUACAAGUCUGGUGACACAGUUUAUCUAACACCACCAAAAAAUCACCGGCUACUAGAGCCAGUCAUUAUCCACCAGAUUGACGAAAGGAAGGGGUCGGUAACUGUGCGGAAGCUGUUGCGACUCGGGCGUGAUUGCGCUGAGCUGGCAAAGAAUCUGCAACGAUCAAAUAUCGCUCCAAACGAACUUGUACUCACGGACGACUAUUCAGAGACGAAACCUGAUCAGAUCGAGCGUCACUGCUCCAUACGAUUUGUCUCAAAAUCAGACAUCACGGCUAGCAAGGUUCCUUUCCCUUACAACCGCCAAGGGGCAGGCGACCUAUGGUUCAUCUCAACGGGAUUGAGUAUCAAUGAUGGACAAAAGAGGCUCUUAUAUCUUCGGCGCCUUCCAAGGAACGUGCGCCAACGCACGAAGAUAGGCUUAGACAACAAACUUAGAGGUCUCAGCAUCUUCAGUGGUGGUGGAUUGCUAGACAGAGGGCUCGAAGAAGGGGGGGCUGUCGAUUUUCGUACUAUUGUUGACUUCAGUCAACAUGCUAUUCGAACGCAGCAAGCGAACAUUAAGAAUUCUACGACAGUUUGUCUAUACUGCGGCUCGGUAAACACUUUUCUCAAUUCAGCGCUCAAGGGCGACACAAGCUUCUUUGCUAGAGUUGGUGCUGUGGACUUUAUUGCUGCAGGAUGUCCUUGCGUUGCAUUCUCUGGACUUCAGCAAAAUCACCUGAGCCCAAGUUCACUGCUCAACGCAUCUCUCAUUAGUACAUUCUGCUCCUUUGUGGAUCUUUACCGACCUUUAUACGGUGUACUGGAGAAUGUAUUGAAUAUUUCAUCAGAGAGGGCCGGCUCAGCACUAUCUCAGAUGGUGGCUUGUCUGGUAUCAUUUGGCUAUCAAGUGAACCAGUACAUUAUGGACUCCUGGAACUAUGGCAGCCCACAGAGACGCUCGCGCGCAAUACUCACUAUAGCAGCUCCUGGUCUUCAGCCCAUUAUGCAGCCAUAUCACACUCACCGUCGAUCCGACGAGGAAGUUCGCGGAAGAAGUCUAGGCCAAUUACCCAACGGGGAAUUCUGUGCUGGGCGUCAGUAUUACCCAACGCCUUUUUAUCAUGUCCCUGCGGAGACUGUUAGUUCCGGACUGCCCGAUAUUGGAUACAGCACCGCGCAAACAUGUAUACCAUACCCGGACCACAGAAUCCCUUGUGUACCUACUGGGAAAGAUCGAGCUCUACUUGAUUGUAUACCAAAAGAGCCCCCAGGCUGUGGGUACAAAGAAGCUGAGGAGCUUGGGAUUAUUCCGCCCUAUUUACGCAGGAAAAGAGAGAUCGGCAAAUCUUACCAAAGGAUAAAAAGAGCUGGCUUAGUACCCACGAUUACAACAAGUGCGUGUAUUUCAGACGCUAGGAGUGGUGCUGUGGUACAUUGGGAGGAAAGCAGGUCUAUAAGUCUACAGGAGGCUCGCCGCGCGCAAGGUAUCGAUGAUACUGAGCCUAUCAUCGGAACAAUCAGAGACCAGUGGAGGAUUGCCGGUAAUGGUGUGGAUCGUAAAGUGGGUUUUGCUAUUGGAUUAGGAUUACUUCGAGCUGUUGAGAGCAACGACUUAGAGUUCACAUCGACCGGGACUGCAGAAACAUACUCUACUUCAAUUGAAGACGCAGAUGACUCCUUGAUCCCAAGCCCUUACAAGCAUGAUGGUGGCUUUUCUCAUCUCGAACAGACGCUCAGAAGUGGUGUGAGUAGGCUUUCUCUAGCGCCGAUGGACUGUAAAGCAAAGCCUAUACUACAAUCAGCUCAUGUCAAACGCACAAGGGAAGAGGACUUGGACUCCAGCAAGCUGCCAAAGAAACAGGCACGAACUAGUAAGGCGCAAGAUGCCGCUGCCAAUCUCGAAAACAGGGCAACACCCAUUGAUAUGGGUAGGAAUAGCAGACAGAGCUCGACAGGUUCAACAGUUUCGACAGUUUCGACAAAGGCACGGUAUACACGGCACUCGGGACUACCUGUUGAGUUUGUCCCGAAGAACUGGAGUAAAAAGGUGGAAGCAAAGCGUCGCGACUGGAUCUAA